GCGCUUGAAAAUGAAACCGGAAGCACGUAUGUUAGCGUUUCAUGGGACCCAAAAACUCAUAUUUUACCGCGAAUAUCCGCGACUAAAACUCUCCGUUUUAUCCCUAAACAAGCUUGGCUCCCGGCCACUAGGAGGAACACGGCGAGGGUUCCCCGCCAGGUCCCAGCGUGGAUGAGGAAGCGAGAGUCCUCAUUUACACACACACCAGCCGGGACAAAGUGAAAGUUGGAGCGCGGUAUUGGACUAAGGAAGGUUUCCUUUACAUGGAGAAGCGCUAUGACAUCUACAGCCAGCGAGAGGAGGGCGUUUGCUCACAAAAUCAACCGGACUGUCGCAUCAGAGGUCCGAAAACAAGUUUCUCGGGAGUAUGGCUCUCCACAGCUGUCCAAGAAGCGAGGCCAUCACCACCAGCUGCCGCUGACGGAGGUCGUUGAACCAGUGGAUUUCGAGGAAUAUGUGAGCAGCCAUGCUCCUGGGGUGGAGCCCGAUCUGCUCAGACAGCUCAUGGAGUUUCCCCAGGACGACUUGGUGCUCCACCACCUGGACAAAGAGUGUACUACUCUGGAGCCUCCGCUCCCUGAGGAAGAGGAAGCUCUGGAUUCCCGGGUGAGAGACGCCUUGUCAGUCUACACAGAUGACUGGCUUGUCAUCCAAAGAAAAUAUCAGCACUUCAGCACCACACACACCCCUCACAGCUCCGAGCGUCAGAGAGAGAGACAGCGUGGGCUGGUCAAACAGACCUUUGAACUGGAUGUUGCUGCUGCUGCUGCUGAGCGACAGGAUGAGCAGGAUGACGCAAAGCGCCAGUCGACCUCUCUUGAUGACACUCCAAGGGGAAGCUGGGCCUCUAGUAUCUUUGACCUGAAGAAUUCGUCCCCAGACUCCCUGCUGCCUUCCGUGCUAGAACGGACAGCUGCAGAGGAUAUGGACCAUCGAAAUACCGAAGCCCGUCUGCAGGGGCGCCACAGCGACCUGCUGGGCCUCUACCCUCCUCCUGAUGAGGAUGAAGCCGUGGAGAGAUGUUCUCUCCCUGAAGUGCCCAAAGAACAUUGUGGCCAAAGGAUAAUGGUCAAGUGUCUGUCUCUGAAGUUUGAAAUAGAGAUCGAGCCAAUAUUCGGAUCACUUGCCCUGUAUGAUGUCAAGGAAAAAAAGAAGAUCUCAGAGAAUUUCUACUUCGACCUGAACUCAGAUCAGAUGAAAGGGAUGCUCAAACCACACACGCCUCACAUUGCCAUUUCCACUCUGGCCCGCUCCGCCAUCUUCUCCAUCACAUAUCCUUCUGCUGAUAUCUUCUUGGUCAUUAAGCUGGAGAAAGUGCUUCAGCAGGGCGACAUUGGAGAGUGCUGUGAACCCUACAUGGUCAUGAAGGAAUCUGAUUCCACCAAGCACAAAGAGAAACUAGACAAGCUUCGCCAACAAGCCGAGCAAUCCUGCAGUCGUCUGGGCUGUUUUCGAAUGCCCUUCGCUUGGACAGCCAUCCACCUUCUCAACAUUGUCAGCAGUGUGGGAGGUCUAGAUCGCACAGAUUCAGACUCCGACUCAGAACGUAAAGGGCAUGGAACAUGGAAUGAGAGAAAGAAAAAAGCCUAUGAGCGAAUGAGUAUUGGGGACGACAUGUGUAACUUCGCAACUUUCCGCCCAGCAACAUUGACAGUCACAAACUUUUUCAAGCAGGAGGGGGACAGACUCAGUGAUGAAGACCUCUACAAGUAUUUGGCGGACAUGCGUAGACCGUCUUCAGUUCUGAGGAGACUAAGACCGGUUACAGCCCAACUGAAGAUAGACAUCUCCCCGGCACCGGACUCCCCUCAUUACUGCCUGUCGCCAGAGCUGCUCCACGUGAAGCCUUACCCAGACCCGCGUGUUCGCCCAACGAAAAAUGUGCUGGAAUUUCCAGCUCGCUACGUUUACACACCGCACACCAUCUACAGAAAUCUGCUCUAUGUUUAUCCACAAAGUCUGAACUUCAGCAGUCGUCAGGGCUCAGUCAGAAACAUUGCUGUGAAAGUUCAGUAUAUGGCCGGGGAGGACCCCAGUCAAGCUCUGCCGGUCAUUUUUGGAAAGUCGAGCUGUGCUGAUUUCAUGAAGGAAGCCUUCACUCCUGUCAUCUACCAUAACAAGUCUCCUGAGUUCUAUGAAGAGAUGAAAAUGAAAAUCCCUGCCAAUCUCACAGACAACCAUCAUCUACUGUUCACCUUUUACCACAUCAGCUGCCAACCCAAACAGAACACCCCUCUAGAGACUCCUGUGGGCUACACUUGGAUCCCUUUAAUGCAGCAUGGCCGACUGCGCACUGGCUCCUUCAGUCUGCCCGUCUCAGUGGAAAAGCCCCCGCCCAGCUACUCUGUACUGACGCCUGACGUUCAGCUCCCAGGCAUGAAGUGGGUGGAUAAUCACAAAGCGGUAUUCAAUGUCGAGGUGACAGCGGCCUCCUCUGUUCACACACAGGACCCUCAUCUGGACAAGUUCUUCACUCUUGUCUAUGUCCUGGAGGAGUACUCCUUCCCCUUCCGCCUCAAGGAUGUCAUCAUCACCGAGACCAACAUUGAGGCAGAGCUGAAGGCCAGCAUGGCCGCCCUCCGCGGGGCUCUGCUAGACACAUGUGUCCAGUUUCUACACCAACUGCUCAACAAACUCAUCCAGCUCAUUGUUUACCCUCCAGUUAUCUCAGGCCAAAUUGUGAAUCUUGGACGUGCCGCAUUCGAGGCUAUGUCUUUAUUGGUCAACCAGAUUCACAAGAAUCUGGAGGGGAACCAGGACCAACACGGUCGCAACAACUUGCUGGCAUCUUACAUCCAUUACUGCUUCCGCCUGCCCACUGCUGAGCCCACUGUCCCCCCGAGCGGUGCUCAGUCGUACGAGAUGCCAAUGCAGUAUGCUACUUUGUCGAGAGCCACAGCCCGCCCCAGCAGUCUGCACCUGUCUCGCUCCAAAAGCAUCAGCAACUCCAACCCUGACCUGGCCAGUACCCCGGUGUCUCCUGACGAAGAGGUCCAGAGAAUCAUCGGCAGCAAAGGGAUUGACCGCUCCCACUCCUGGGUAAACUCUGCUUAUGCCCCUGGGGGCACCAGAUCUGUGCUACGACGGAACCCAAACUCCAGCUGUGAGCUUAAGCAGACAAACGACCGCAGCUGCAAUCGCAUGUCUGCCUAUCUGGACAGCGUGGCCUUGUUUUCAGUUCCCACAAGGCAGAUUGCCAAGAAGCUGCUUCACGAGGAGCUGGCACUGCAGUGGGUCGUGAGCACCAGCACAGUGAGAGAGGCAGCGCUGCAACAAGCCUGGUUCUUCUUCCAGCUCAUGACGAAAAGCAUGGCCCAUCACCUAUUCCUGACCUCCAAACUGGAUAGUCCCCGGCGUCAGCGUUUCCCUGACCGCUUUGUGGAUGAUGUGGCUGCUCUCAUCUGUGCCAUCAGUGCAGACGUUGCCAGUCGACACCACAAGGAUGUGGAGCUGAUGGAGAGGUUAAACAGCAGUCUGGCCUUCUUCCUGAACGACCUCCUGUCGCUCAUGGACCGCGGCUUUGUUUUCAACCUCAUCCGCUCUUAUCACAAACAGAUCGCCAACAAGCUCCACACAUCUCAGAACCCCAGUGCUCUCAACGCCUUGAGGAUGGACUUUACCCGCAUUGUCUGCAGUCACGAACACUAUGUCAUCCUGAACCUCCCCUGCUCCACUCUGAGCCCCCCGGCGUCACCGUCCCCCUCCACCUCCUCCACCACCUCACAGAGUUCAGCCUUCUCCAGCGUGGCUCAUGACCAGGGUGUGGCCACCAUGUUCGAGCUCUCCGUCCCGUUCCGGCAGCAACACUUUCUGUCUGGCCUCCUGCUCACAGAGCUGUCACUCAUCCUUGAUCCUGAAGGAGAAGGGCUUUUCUUCCUUCAUAAAAAGGCUAUUAGUGCUGUGCACUCCCUGCUGUGCAGUCACGAUGCAGAUCCUCGCUACAGUGACCCGCAGGUCAAAGCCCACGUCGCUCAGCUUUAUUUGCCUCUCAUCCACAUCGUCAUGGAGACUCUACAUCAGCUCCACGACUUCUCUGACUCGUCGCCCGCUAGGGUCCGUCAUGCCUCCGCCCAUGACGACACUGACCCAGACGGCGGCAACACCAUCAGCCAGUCUGUUGCCAUGGCGAUCGCUGGCUCCCCGCUGCCUCACGCCAAAGCCAACCCAUUUGCUCUCCCUGCAGUGCCUGGGCGUCAGUCCAGCUCACUGUCUGCCGAGUGCAGCCGCACUCUUCUGGUGUGUUUCCUGUGGGUGCUGAAGAAUGCUGAUGCAGCCCUCCUGGAGCGCUGGGUGUCUGACCUGUCUGUGCUCCAAAUAAACCGUCUGCUCGAUCUGUUGCAUCUCUGCGUCUCCUGUUUUGAAUACAAGGGGAAGAAGACUCUGGAGAGAAUCAACAGCUUAACAUUUAAAAAGUCCCAAGACAUGAAGGCCCGCCUGGAGGAAGCCAUCCUGGGCACCAUUGGAGCUCGUCAGGAGAUGGUUCGCCGCUGCAGAGAGAGGAGCCCGUACGGCAGCCAGGAGAACGUCAGGUGGAGGAAGAACGUCACACACUGGAGGCAAAAUGCUGACCGAGUCGAUAAGACUAAGGUUGAAGUGGAGCAGGAGUCUGUGGUGGAUGGUAAUUUAUCUACAGAAGCCUCCUUGAUCGUCCUGGACACACUGGAGGUCAUUGUCAAGACUGUUGUUGCAUCAGAGCUGAAGGAGAGCGUGUUGGGUGGGGUGCUGAGAGUUCUACUGCACAGCAUGGCAGGCAACCAGAGCGCCCUCUUCCUGCAGCACUGCUUCACUACACAAAGAGCUCUUGUUUUUAAGUUCCCAGAGAUGCUGUUUGAAGAGGACACAGAGCUUUGCGCUGACCUCUGCCUCCGGCUUCUUCGUCACUGCAGCAGCAGCAUUGGCUCGGUCAGAAGUCACGCCUCAGCUUCGCUUUACCUGCUCAUGAGGCAAAAUUUUGAAAUUGGAAAUAAUUUUGCCCGAGUGAAGAUGCAGGUGACGAUGUCGCUGUCGUCUCUCGUCGGCACGUCGCAGACUUUUAAUGAGGAGCAUCUUCGCCGAUCUCUAAAAACGAUUCUGACGUAUGCCGAGGAGGAUCUGGAGCUGCGGGACACACCUUUCCCUGAACAGGUCCAAGACCUAGUUUUCAACCUUCAUAUGAUUCUAACUGACACUGUGAAAAUGAAAGAGCAUCAGCACGAUCCAGAAAUGCUCAUUGACCUGAUGUACAGGAUCGCUAAGGGAUACCAGAACUCCCCGGACCUGCGUCUCACGUGGCUCCAAAAUAUGGCAGGGAAACACUCUGAGCGAGGAAACCAUGCGGAAGCAGCCCACUGUUUGGUCCACAGCGCCGCCCUGGUGGCAGAGUACCUCAACAUGCUGGAGGAUUGUCGCUACCUGCCCAUUGGCUGCGUCACCUUUCAGAAUAUUUCCUCUAAUGUGUUGGAGGAGUCAGCGGUAUCAGAUGACGUCUUGUCUCCAGAAGAGGAGGGGAUCUGUGCUGGGAAGUAUUUCAGUGAGUCUGGUCUGGUGGGCCUCUUGGAACAGGCCGCUGCCUCCUUCAGCAUGGCUGCCAUGUACGAGGCCAUAAAUGAGGUCUACAAGAUACUUCUUCCCAUCCAUGAGGCCAACAGAGACUUCAAAAAACUUGCGACCGUCCAUGGGAAGCUGCAAGACGCUUUCAACAAAGUCUAUAAUCAGAGUUCUGGAUGGGAGAGGAUGUUUGGAACUUACUUCCGCGUGGGUUUCUAUGGCUCUCGCUUCGGAGACCUGGACGAACAAGAAUUCGUCUACAAGGAGCCAUCCAUCACCAAAUUAGCCGAGAUCUCCCACAGACUGGAGGAGUUUUACGCCGACAAGUUUGGGGAUGAAGUGGUGGAGAUUAUCAAGGACUCCAAUCCAGUGGACAAGAGCAAACUGGAGGCAAACAAGGCAUAUCUCCAGAUCACCUACGUGGAGCCGUAUUUCGACACGUACGAGCUGAAGGAAAGGAUCACCUACUUCGACAAGAACUACAACCUGCGCACCUUCAUGUACUGCACCCCCUUCACCCUGGACGGCCGAGCCCACGGAGACCUCCACGAGCAGUAUAAACGCAAGACCAUCCUGACGGCGUCGCACGCCUUCCCCUACAUCAAGACGCGUGUCAAUGUUAUUCACAAAGAGGAGAUCAUCCUGGUACCCAUGGAGGUGGCCAUUGAGGACAUGCAGAAGAAGACUCAGGAGCUGGCCUUUGCCACCAACCAGGACCCCGCUGACUCCAAGAUGCUGCAGAUGGUCCUGCAGGGUUGUGUGGGCACCACAGUCAACCAGGGCCCUCUGGAGGUGGCACAGGUCUUCCUCACCGACAUUCCCGAUGAUCCCAAGUUGUUUCGACAUCACAACAAACUGCGGCUCUGCUUUAAAGACUUCACCAAGAGGUGUGAGGAUGCCCUGAGGAAGAACAAGGCUCUGAUUGGUCCGGAUCAGAAGGAGUAUCACAGAGAGCUGGAGAGGAACUACAAUAAACUCAAGGAGGCUUUGUGUCCCCUCAUCAAUCGCAAGAUCCCUCAGCUGUACCGAACACUGCCGGCGCCGACGACACAAACGCAGCGGAACUCCUACUGCAGGUCGAGUCUUCGGAAAGUCGAGUGUUGAGCCACCAGGACGGGGACAACAACAACAAGCUUUAGAAAUUAGCUGUCAACACAUCCUCCCUUGUUUGAGCCCUGCCCCCUUCUGUACACACCAACUGUCACCAGUGCACACGCACCGUCCUGUCUCUCGUCUGGCCCCUUCUUUCCCAACCCCCAGUUCCAACCUGUCAUGCCUUGACCCCCCCCCCCCACUUCUUUCACACCUCAUGUGGGAAAAAUGCCCUGCAGUGUUAUCAGCACUGUAAAAUGAAUUGGGAUGACUUAUGACCAAAAGUAGUCAAAUCACUGAGAACGGAUUGAAUCCGAGUUGUGGAGCUCGAGCUGCCAGACUCAUUUCGUAUCCCAAUCACUGGCGUUUAUUUUCCUCUCUAUCUCUUGACUGUCUGGCGUUUGCUUUAAAAAGACUGCAGCUUGUUUGUUUUGUCUCCGAUCGGUUGAAUUUGAGAUGUUUUUUUUUUUUCUUUUAGCGAUUGCGCAGUGGUGUCUAGUGCCAGACUUAAAUUAAAAACGAAGUCCCAGGGAAUUUUCCUUUGUUAUCAACAGACCAAAUAACUGACAUUCCUUCUCCAUUACACAGUCGGGUCCUUUAUUAUUAUUAUUAUUAUUAUUAUUAUUACUACUACGUGGAGGUGCUCGGGACGCGAGCCAACACACAGGAUUUAAGAUGGAAAAUAUCAAAAAAGCUAACUGUGAAAUUGUCUUAAAAUGCACUACAGUAACAGAUCUUUAAGUCGGUCCAAACUGUGAGUCAUGUGACUGUGAGUCUAAACUAGUGUGGAUUUAAAAAAAAAAAAAAAAAAAAAACUGUCCGAAUAGCUCUAUUGUUCUUACUACUGUAGCCAUCUUUAUUGCACUAUUGUAAACAAAACUUCGGCACACUAACACUGUUUCCUUUACACAUAUCUUUUUUACCAAUGCUUUUUUUUACAUGAUAAUUCAACUGUUAUUUAUUUACAAUGUGUUUUGUACUGCUCUCAAUUAAAUACCUGAACUUGCUAUUGUUUGGGUGCGUGUUUUUUUUUUUUUGUGUGUGUGUUUGCUUGAG